AUGGCUGCGGGGGUAGCAGCGUGGCUGCCCUUUGCAAGGGCAGCGGCCAUUGGGUGGAUGCCUGUGGCCUCGGGGCCCAUGCCAGCUCCCCCGAGGCAGGAGAGGAAAAGGACUCAGGAUGCUCUAAUUGUGCUGAAUGUGAGUGGCACUCGUUUCCAGACAUGGCAGGACACCCUGGAACGGUACCCAGACACUCUGCUGGGCAGUUCGGAGAGGGACUUUUUCUACCAUCCAGAGACUCAGCAGUAUUUUUUUGACCGUGACCCAGACAUCUUCCGCCACAUCCUGAAUUUCUACCGCACUGGGAAACUCCACUACCCUCGCCAUGAGUGUAUCUCCGCUUAUGAUGAAGAAUUAGCCUUCUUUGGCCUCAUCCCAGAAAUUAUUGGCGACUGCUGUUAUGAGGAGUACAAGGAUCGCCGGCGAGAGAACGCGGAGCGUCUUCAGGACGAUGUUGAUACCGACAACACCGGAGAGAGCGCGCUGCCCACUAUGACGGCUCGGCAGAGGGUCUGGCGGGCUUUUGAGAACCCUCACACCAGCACAAUGGCCCUGGUGUUCUACUAUGUUACCGGCUUCUUCAUUGCCGUCUCAGUCAUCGCUAAUGUGGUAGAAACAGUGCCCUGUGGGUCUAGCCCAGGUCACAUUAAAGAACUGCCCUGUGGGGAGCGGUACGCCGUGGCCUUCUUUUGCUUGGAUACAGCCUGUGUCAUGAUCUUCACAGUUGAGUACUUGCUUCGCCUGGCAGCAGCUCCUAGUCGUUACCGUUUUGUGCGUAGCGUCAUGAGUAUCAUCGAUGUGGUGGCCAUCCUGCCUUAUUACAUUGGGCUGGUGAUGACAGACAAUGAGGAUGUCAGUGGAGCCUUUGUCACACUCCGCGUCUUCCGGGUCUUCCGGAUCUUUAAGUUUUCCCGCCACUCUCAAGGCCUGCGCAUCCUGGGGUACACACUGAAGAGCUGUGCCUCUGAAUUGGGCUUCUUGCUCUUCUCGCUCACCAUGGCUAUCAUCAUCUUCGCUACGGUUAUGUUCUACGCAGAGAAGGGGUCUUCCGCUAGCAAGUUCACCAGCAUCCCUGCUGCCUUCUGGUACACCAUCGUCACCAUGACAACACUAGGGUAUGGUGACAUGGUACCAAAAACCAUAGCAGGGAAGAUUUUCGGAUCCAUCUGUUCGCUGAGCGGGGUCUUGGUCAUUGCUCUGCCUGUCCCAGUGAUUGUAUCCAACUUCAGUCGAAUCUACCACCAAAAUCAACGAGCAGACAAACGGAGAGCACAAAAGAAAGCCAGACUGGCCAGGAUCCGGGCAGCUAAAAGCGGAAGUGCAAACGCUUACAUGCAGAGCAAACGGAAUGGCUUACUCAGUAACCAACUGCAGUCCUCUGAGGAUGAGCAAGCCUUUGUUAGUAAAUCCGGCUCCAGCUUUGAAACCCAGCACCACCACCUGCUUCACUGCCUGGAAAAAACCACGAAUCACGAGUUUGUGGAUGAACAAGUCUUUGAAGAAAGCUGCAUGGAAGUUGCAACAGUUAAUCGUCCUUCAAGUCACAGUCCCUCUGUCUCUUCACAACAAGGCAUCACCAGCACUUGCUGUUCAAGACGACACAAAAAAACUUUCCGCAUUCCAAACGCCAACAUAUCAGGAAGCCACCGAGGCAGUGUGCAAGAACUCAGCACGAUUCAGAUUAGAUGUGUGGAGAGAACCCCGCUAUCUAACAGCCGAUCCAGUUUAAAUGCCAAAAUGGAAGAGUGUGUUAAACUAAACUGUGAACAACCUUAUGUGACUACAGCAAUAAUAAGCAUCCCAACACCUCCAGUAACCACCCCCGAAGGAGAUGACAGGCCAGAGUCUCCUGAGUACUCAGGAGGCAACAUUGUCAGAGUGUCUGCUCUCUAAGACAAUUGGAAUCAGGUCCAAGAGAAUUUGAGCCCUGGCUGUGGAAAGAAUCCCAACGUGGAAGAAAGAAGAAACAAUAAACGUUUCGCAGAUGAAAACGACAAAGCAAGGACGUUGGUAGUGAAACAAAGACAAAGUUUCCAAACUUGAAGAUGGAAAUAAAACCACCAAAAGGCAUUUCUAGAUGG